UGCUGCACACAGUACAGCACAGUAUAUCAUCUGCAACAAACCGUAUUUUGGCAGAUGCGUUGCAGAUCAACACGUGGCCAUGUCUCAAAAGCAACUGAAAGAAGCAUUUGUCAGUAAUCUAAACGGAACACGUUUAGAGGAAGUGGUUGUGGGCUCAUUUCUCACGCCGCUAUGCAUUCUCAACCGAGGACUCAUUCUAAUUCUCUACCAUCAAGCGAAGGGGAAUCUGCCUCUGCCUUUUCCAAGGAUUUCUCACCUGCUCCUUGAUUACUUGGUACUGGUCCUUCCCCUCGUCCUGUCUUGCACCAUCCUGAGCGACCAUCUUCUCCAGGUGGUCUUGAGCUUUGCUUUUGUUUUGUUAUGUGUGCUUUGUCACAUCUAUAGUAGUAACCCUCAAACAUCUCUCAGCAACUUAUUCAACAGGACCGUUCAUUUCAAACAGGUUCCCUUUGUGACCAUCUUUAGAGUGAUGGUGAAUGUGCAAACAGCCAUCAGUAUUCUGGCUGUAGACUUUCGAGUCUUCCCAAGGCGGUAUGCCAAAACAGAAACUUAUGGAACAGGUGUUAUGGACUUUGGUGUCGGAGCAUUCAUCUUUGCAAAUGGCCUAGUGUGCCCUGAAGCACGUGGCAAGAGUGUUUAUGGCUCCAAGAUGAAAUAUAUCUGCAAACAGCUCCUGUCCAUCUGGCCCCUAGUUGUUCUCGGUGUAGCACGACUUUUUUUUGUCAAACUGAGGGACUACCAAGAACAUGUUACUGAAUAUGGCGUCCACUGGAAUUUUUUCUUCACGUUGGCCAUUGUCAGAGUGGUGACCAAAAUGCUUUUGCUUGUUGUACCAGCAAAACAUUCAUGGAUUUUGGCCCUUGUCAUAGGUUAUGUUUAUCAGUUUGCUCUGGAUACAACAUGCCUCAAGGCUUUCAUCAUGCACAACGAUGACAGAGAGAAGGACUUCCUACAUGCUAACAAGGAGGGCAUUUUCUCCAUAGCAGGGUAUGUUGCCAUCUACAUGGCAGGAGUCCAAAUAGGAUGUUACAUCAUGCAGCAGAGAUCCCUUGUGAGAGAUUGGGCCAAAGUAGUUUUUAACCUCCUAAUGGGAACUUUUGCACUAUUUGCUGCUUUGUACACGUGUCAGACUUUCGUGGAGCCAGUGUCUCGCCGCUUAGCGAAUCUACCUUUUUGCCUGUGGAGUGUAGCACUGUCUCUGCUUUUUAUAUCAUCUAUUGGCCUCAUUGAUUUGAUCGUACUCUUUUCAAAAAAAGCAUCAGGUUGUCACUUUGUACCAUCAUCAUGGAAUUCAUAUUUAGGCACCCAACAAAAGAAAGGUGAGGCUGACUCAUUGUGUUUAAUUCAAGCUGUCAAUCGAAAUCAAAUGUUGUUUUUCUUGGUUGCAAAUCUAUUUACAAUUCUGACUAAUUGCUUUGUGGACACUCUUGGUUCUAGCAGUUUAUUUUCAGUAUGUUUUUUGUUGUUGUACAUGUUCAUAAAUUGCUUAGUAAUACAUGUUUUUUACCUCUCUGGGAUAACUGUACGAUUCUAAAAUGUUUGUUUAAAUGUCAGGGUUUAAUGUGGCAGCUGUCAUUUUGAAUGAUUUAACACCUGAAAACAUUUUACUGUCAUGAUUCUGUUUUGUUUGGAUUGCUCCCUCAAAGCAAUUAUAUCUU